AUGGUCGAUGAUGCCAUGGACGCGGACAAAGGAGAACAGACGGCGCUCGGAGCAGCAGGAGCGGGAACUGCGACGAGUAAUACUACGAAAAGAAAAAUCGAGGUGAAAAAAUGGAACGCCGUCGCGGUGUGGUCGUGGAGCACCUCGUUCGAUUCGUGCGCGAUUUGUAGAAAUACGUUGCACGAACCGUCGAUCGAGUUUCAAGCGAACAGUCAACAAGAAGGCGCGGAUGGGUUGUCCAUCGCGUGGGGGAACUGCGGUCACGUGUUCCACUUAGAUUGCAUCUCCAAGUGGUUGAAACAACGGUCGUUUUGCCCGUUGUGUCAAAAAGAGUGGGAGUUUAUGAAGAUGGAGAAGAUACAGUUACCGGUGUUGGGCGGGAACGAUUAA